AUUAAUCAACAUGCUCAUUGCCCUGUAUGCUUUUGGAUUUGACCCAAAAGGUCUCACCUUGGGAGCAAUAAUUGACAACGGACAAAUCCACUGCGACACAAAUCUCGGCCAUCCAAUUUCUUCCGGCAGGAAUGUAACACGCCCAGAAAUAGAUUAUACGUGUCGACUAUUGAACAUUAUUGAAAAAUUGGGAGUUAAUUGGGUGCCCAUGGAUACUGAAUUGGAUGCACUACAAGACGUUAAAACUGGUGGUAUCACGGGUUAUAUAAAAUUCCCGAUAAAUUUUACGGAAAAUGUGAUAAACCGAUUUGUCUGGAGGAUCCAUGCGGACGAGGAAAUUUUAAAUGGAUCCACUAUUUCGAUUAGAUUAGAUAAUUCUGAAUACUUGAACACGUACUUCCUGACCAACUCGUUGUACGAAUCUGUCCAGCAGUUUGCAUUAUUAAGUGCGAAAGAGUCUGAUGUGGACGAACGGGUGGUCAAAUUACCUUUACAGUUCAACCCAAUCUAUGGAAAUCUGUUACUCACUUGGAACUCAUUUCUGGUUCCGACCGUAGUGCUUAUACUGUGGACCUUUAUUUCGACCACGUUGGGCUUCAUCCACAUACUUGAUCGUGGCGAAAACACCUUUGCUCGCACGAUGGCCACCGGUGUGAAGUACGGUCAAAUUCAGCUCGGCUUCUAUUUUGCGGAUAUCCCACUGGCCAUUUUUCAAGGCGGCCUGAUCUUAACCAUGAUUUGGUGGGAUCGUGGCGAACAAAUUAAGGGAAGCUGGGCCUUAAUCGGGCUGAUCUUCUAUCUCGCGAGGGUGGCUGUUCUCUCGCUUUAUUUCGUUUUGGGGUCGUUGAAUGUGAACGUCAAGGAUACGACAAUUCUAACGAUUUCCGUCGUUAUGGUUUAUGUGUACGCGUCAGAUACGAUCUGGCCAAUCGAAGCUGUCGUGUGGUGGUACCGACCGUUUUGUCACUGCCUUCCGUUGACCGUUACGAUCCGCGUGUUGCGCUCUGUUAUGACGAAAGGUUGGGGGAUAACUCAUCCAACCGUGUUUUUCGGAUUAAUUUGCUUCCCCCUAAUAAUCACGGGUAUUAGCACCAUGGUGUCAUUCGUGGUGGAAAGGAGAAACAAAAAGUAGUGCUUUAAAUAUUGGUUGAUAAAAUGUAUGAAAAAUGAAUACUAAGAUUAUGUAAGGUGUAACUCUUUAAAAAAGUGUAACAAAUCAAAUAAGGUGUGCUUACAAAUUUGCCAAAGAAAUUUCUAAUUUUAGAUAUUAUUGAGACACAUGCCGUAUAAUAAAUUAAAAAUUAAGUUUGAUUUUUUAA